AAGAGGAAGACAUUUUUCUGCACAAUUCAAGUUGUUUUUGUUCUUGUCGUGUCGACUGCCCAGAGUCCGCGACAAAUCCUAGAAAUUCUUCCAAAUUUCCACAACCUUCAGUGAAAAUAGCCACAGCAAUGUCUGGGAAGGAAGUCCACGAGCUUGCCAUCACUCCAAUUACUUGCUUCACCUUCAACAAGGCGAGAAACCAGCUGGCAUUUUCUCCCAAUGACCACACCGUGCAUAUUUACAAGAAAUCAGGGAAUAAAUGGACGGCUGAUGUUGUACUGAGCGAGCAUGGGCAACGUGUAACAGACAUGGACUGGGCCCAGGAAAGCAAUAGGCUCGUCACUUGUGCUGCGGACAGGAAUGCAUACGUGUGGACCCUACAAGAGGGCACCUGGAAACCUAUGCUUGUCAUCCUCCGUAUCAACCGUGCCGCAACAUGUGUGCGCUGGUCUCCUAAAGAGGACAAGUUUGCUGUUGGGAGUGGUGCCAGGCUUAUAUCCGUCUGUUACUUUGAGAAAGAUAAUGACUGGUGGGUCAGCAAACACAUCAAGAAGCCAAUUCGCUCUACCGUCCUUGGUAUUGAUUGGCAUCCUAACAACCUUCUGCUUGCCGCUGGAUCCUCUGAUUUCAAAGCAAGGGUCUUCUCUGGCUUCAUAAAGGAUGUGGAUGGGAAAACCAACAGAGACACUGAAUGGGGCAAGAAGGCAUCCUUCGGCAACUGCCUGGCCGAGUUCACCAACGGGCGUGGUGGUUGGGUGCACAGCGUGUCGUUCUCUGCCUCUGGCACCAAGCUUGCAUGGGUCGGCCAUGAUUCUAGCAUCAGUGUUGUUAAUUCUGGACAUGAGAUGAAAGUUGUGACUAUUCAGACGGACUUACUGCCUUUGAUGCAAUGCAUCUGGAUCACCGAGAGCAGCAUUGUGGCAGCAGGUCAUAACAACAUGCCAUACCUGUUUACUCAUGAUGAUAAUGAUAAGCUGACCCUGAUUGGGAAACUGGAUGCACCCAAGAAGAAGGAGGACUCUGGUGCCAUCAGCGCGAUGGCCAAGUUCCGCUCCCUGGACAAACAGGGCCAGAGUGCAGAAGAAGGUGUCUCUUCUAGCAACACCACCCACGAGAACUCCAUCAGCAAGCUUGAUAUCUACGCUGGCGAUAAGAGUAACGUCUCGAAGUUCGUGACGUCUGGCAAUGAUGGCCGUGUUGUCAUCUGGGAUGUCAAGAGCUUGGAGUCCUCCAUUGCUGGUCUGAAGAUCGUGUGAUUUAUGCGCUCUGCCACACCCUCACGUUACAUGCUUGUGAUUUUAGCUUAAAAAAGAAGUAAUAAAGUUUAAGUUUAGAUA